AUGUCCGAGUCGUCCCGUACGUUCAAGCCAUUUGGCUUGACGCAAGUCUAUGUUCCCCGCGACGGGUCCCCCACUGUUGAUAUCGUCUUCGUCCACGGUCUGAAUGGCCACCCGCAUGAUUCUUGGACAAGCAAGUCGACCAACUGCUAUUGGCCAGUUGAUCUAUUGCCAGAUAUCCUCGCCUCUCUCCGUCCCCGUAUCCUAAGCUAUGGAUACAAUGCGAAUGUAACCGCCUUCACGGAUGGUGCCUCGCGAGAUUCCAUCGUUAGCCAUGCAGAGACCCUAGCCUCAAACCUGGCUGCCAAUCGCAACCUCCGGAGCUGUUCCGACCGUCCCAUUAUCUUCGUCUGCCACUCACUUGGCGGUUUGGUCGUCAAACGCGCCCUGAUCUAUAGCCGUAGCCUUUCCAACGAGAAAACCGAGCACCUCCGUUCCGUCUACGUAUCAACUUUCGGUAUCCUCUUCCUCGGAACUCCUCAUAAUGGCUCUGAUAUCGCCAAAUGGGGUCUGUUGUUGCACAACAUCUGCAGUGCUGUUAUGCCCAAGAAAUUUAUGGAGUCCUCUCCACAACUCGUCAAGGCCCUACGGACAAACAACGAAACUCUACAGCAUAUCAACAGCUUAUUCGCCGAUAUCAUGAGUCGUUUCCACGUCUACCUUUUCCACGAAACUCGCUCCACCGACGUUCGUGGGACUCGGGAAAUUAUCGUUGAUGAGGCAUCGGCUGCACCUUAUCUAGAAGGUGUUGAGCGGAUGGGUAUUGAAGCAGACCAUAGUCACAUGUGCAAGUUUGACGAUGAGAAUGCUGCCGGCUAUGAAGUGGUUGCAGAGGCGAUUCUCCGGUAUUCCCGUCAAGCACCUACGGUGAUCGCCGAUCGCUGGGUUGAGGAAAGGAAGGCUCGCACCCUUGAGAAGCAAGCCAAGGCAAGGGAGAUCUAUGACGCUAGAGUAGACGAUCCGAUCGGACACAGUCACUCCGUACCUGCGCUUCCUCGUGCACCGGCCACUGAGGGUCGCAAUUCUCCUGUUUCCGAUGUAAGCCACAGCGGUGUUUUGUCUUUCUCUCACUAUUCCAACAAGGACCCACCGAUAUUCGUGGCACCCGCGGGGUUUCAUCCCAAUGCGGCAUUUUUUGGAAUGGAGAAAGAAUUAGAUAUCCUACACCAUCGUUUGUUCAAGGCUAAAUCUCGACCGGAUCGUACCAUGGCUGUCCUCAUAUCUGGGGUCCCAGGAUCCGGGAAGACACACCUAGCACGUCAGUAUGCUUUUGCACAGCGCGAAUGCUAUUCUGGUGGAUUAUUUUGGAUUGACGCAAAGUCUCGCGAGUCAACCGCUAAAUCCUUUUGGGAGAUUGCCCAGGCUGCUACCUUGAUUGACAAGAAAGAGACCGCUGAGCCGGAGUACCAGGAAUCCCGAGGCUACGUUAAUGCGGUGAGAAACUGGCUGCAGACACGUCAUGAUUGGCUUUUAAUUUUUGACGGCAUUACGUUUGACCACGAUGAGGAUAUUAAUGACUUCCGACCAUUCCUUCCCUGGAAUAAGCGAUGCUGUAUCAUUUACACCUCUAUUGAUACCACCUUGCGCAAAAAGCAGCGUCUAUUUGAGCCCUAUUGCCUAACAAUGCCUCGAAUGCACGUGGAAGAUGCAUGUAAGCUUCUUUUCAGAGAUCUCGGUAUAAAAAGGCCAACGAAGGAGCAAGCUGCAAAAGGUAUUGAAUUGGUCGAGUACUACGAAUGCCUACCAUUGGCAAUUCAUGCUAUCGGUCACCGUCUCAAUGCCACUCGCAAGCCAAUUGAGAGAUACCACGUCAAGCACCAAGUGACAGAUAAGAAGCUUGCGGAACCAUUCCUCAGCAUUAUGAAUGAUCUAUACCGCUUGAAUCAACACCAGGCAUUGAACCUGAUCAACUUACUUGCAUUUCUCGGCCACCAUGUCCCCGUGGGCCUGCUUAACCUUGGGAGACAUGAAAUGUCUACUGAGAAUGCAGAGAUUCUAAGCAGCGCCCAACCCGGCGAGGAGCCCGAUCUUGAUACCACUCUUGGAACUCUCAUUCAUUACGGGUUGAUUGAACGAACAUCGGACAUUGAGACUAGCUUCCAGCAAAACACGUCUGGCCAUCAGUUGGCUGAUGGGCUCGACAAGCCUACGAAUUCAUACCCGGAGCUGACAGGGUCGAUGACAGAGAGUAGCCAAGAAGGUUUCUUCUCCAUAUACCGUGGAAGUAUGCCUGUCGAUGUGGUCAAAAUUCACAGUGUGGUACAAGGAUUUUGCCGAGAUGAACUGCGCAUCAAAGACGACGAGUCUAAGGCUGCCAUGAGCAACCAAAACCCUGGCUUCUACAACUCAUGGCUGAUUGUGGCGACUCGCUUCCUAUGCAAGUCGUAUGAGACGGCCAAUGAAAGAAUGACCCAUUACCACGACUGUGGACUUGUCCGCGACUAUCGAGAGUAUGAAACUCAUGCAUCUCGAUUGGUUGAGCUUUUUCCUAAAAAGGCUGCGAUGAGUGCACAUCCCCCGAUUGUUCGAGAAGCGCGAGAAUAUCUUCGACAACUGAUGAAGAGCCUCACCAGUGAGAUUGACCGCAAGUCUCCGAGCUCUUCCCAGGAGUCUAACCGCAAUCAAAAGUCGGUAUUCGAUCGUUCAAGCAGCUCAUCGUCAUCGUUCCCUGACUCAUCUGCAGAUGAGGGAAUCUCACGUCGAUCGACAUGGAACUGGACUGAAUCGGGGUCUGCUCGGGCGGAAUCCCCCGAGGAGAUAGGCAAUAAUACUCGUUUUCGAUUGGAACCUUUCCCGCCACAUAUAUUCAGGCAAGCCGGCUAUGAAUCAGAGGAAGGUUACGAAACUGAUCAGGAGAACCAUGGGGCGAUACGGAUCUCACCAGCCCUGUCGCAAUUGAGUCAGAGCACUGAGAAACCAAAACCGUCACCAAUAACAUCAAGCCCACCUGUUCCUGCUACUACUCUCUCUGAUGACCACGGUUGGCAAGUAGUCAACCGGCAUACCAAAGCACAAACCAUGCCGCGAGAGAGACAACAAAGAAGGAAAAAUAGAGGCCCUCGCCGGCUACGUGGUGCUAAGCCUGUCGCUCCACUGGUGAGAGUCUCACCAGUGCACGGGAGAGGAUCCUCAAGUCGUGUGUCGCCAGAUGAUGGCGGGAGUUCUAAAGUUUUGGCCUCGGCCGCGGAGAGGGCACUGGCUGCAGUCCGUCGAUUGAGUGAUGGACAAUCCACUGCCAAAUCCCCAAUUCUAUCUCCGGUACGACUGCCCCCGAAGCAGGAAAAUAUCCAAACAUACGCAAAUAUGGCAGCCCGGCCCAUGCUUCAGGCAGAGCUCCCACUUCGACGCCCGGCAUCAAUGCCUCUCUCUCUUCGCGGAACGGAUCAUACUUCCGCUGUCCAGAUGAAGCCGUCUAUGGAAUCACUCAACGGCCAACCAGGACAUAUUUUUGCCUCUCCGCUAGCUCACGAGUUGACUUCCCAUGAGCUUCUAGCAGAGCCACUCACCCGUUCAACCUAUACAACAAACUCUCAAAUCCACUCCCGCAGGUCAUCAGUUGCUACUGCUUUUGAACCUGCUCGGCGAGACCUAUCGUCGAGUGUUCCGUCAAUUCUCCCCUACCCGCUCUAUCUUCAGGAUAUAUCUGCAAGCACACCAUCUCUCAUCCCAUACCCACCUCCACCUUUGCCAUAUGACCAGGACAUCAGCGUUAUCAUGCCAUCUCACAACAAUCGUCCACCUAUGCCAAUGAGACCGAUCGCUUCUUCACCAGCCAAUCCCACGCCGAUCUCUCAUCCCUCCGCAAUGAUGCCCGGAGCACCGCCAAUGACCCAUGCCUUUUCUGAUACUAUAAUCUCACAGGCUCCAGACCACCCCGGGCCCGAGGGCCUUUCUCGCGGGUCGUCGACACUAUCACAUCAGUCUUGGGCAACCGAGCCUGUCCGAUACCCACCGCGAUUCUCACCGAUCCCAAGUUCCCAGCAACAGGGUGAAAUAUCACGUACUGCAUCACCCAUGAUUCCUCAGCCACAGUCGCAGUCCGUCGCCGGAGCGACAAGCUGGGUGGGCGCUAUGCCUCGUCCAGGAAGUCCUCUGCAGUCAGAUGGCCUUUAUCCCCCGCCGCGUAGUCAGCGCUUGGGGUCAGUGGAUGAGCGACUACGAGACAUGGAGCUAAGCUGGAAUCCCGAUAUCGAGCCUGCUCAGCUCUUUCACUUUAGGGGACAUCGCGUUGAUGUCCGCGAAGCUCGUCAAAGAUUGCAUGAGGGAGCCCGACUUCAAGUUCCACGACACGCCCCAACAUACCAAAUGUAUCAUCCCAAUCUUUCCGGUCCUUUGAUACAAGAUGGUGUUCAUUUUUAUGCCCCGGCGCUGGCGCCGGAGCCAACUUUAGAUGCAUACAGAAUGCGGCCGCGAAGUGGGAGCUCGCCACCACGGCCUCUGAAUCAUGAUGGUUUGGGAAUCUCCUUUUCAUCCCAUCACAACCCUAGAAGUUGGACGAUAAACUCGUUCGUUCGAAAUGAGUAUGCUGUCGCCGAGUAUCGGCCUUCUGAAGUUGAUGCUGGCACGGGUACCGAUGAUAUUGAAAACCCUCAUCCAGCAUGGUAUUCACAUGUCCCCGUCUCCGGCCGGCAGGACCUGCGCACCGAGUUGACUGUCGCAAUUAUUCGCUCGUUCAUGACUUUCAGUCAUUCUAUCACCAAGACCCAGCAGAAUAGCAUGCGCGAUCCAGGGAUCAAGGGUCCUAUCUGGGUCUCCAAAGUCGUCCUGCCGAGCCCCGAAAUCGAUGUGCGAAAUGCAGUUCUGCACGCCAUUGACGAGCUAAAGACUGGCGAUGAGUCCUUUAAUAUACCUGGUAUAGCUUCUGUGGAGGCUGAGUGGACUGGUUAUCGCAGUGGAGUGGACAAGAACGCGCCCCAGCCCGAUCUCUCAGAGGCGGAGAAGUAUCACGAACUACGCAAAGAGGCCUCGUCUGAUACAACGAUAUUAUAUUUUCAUGGAGGUGCCUAUUUCCUGAUGGACCCUUGCACUCACCGUAUUUCCGUCUCACAGCUAUCACGCCGAACUGGAUCCCCAGUGCUUUCAGUCAGAUAUCGGCUCGCACCCCAGAAUCCAUUCCCUGCUGCCCUGGUCGAUGCACUGACAGCGUACCUAUCACUUAUCCACCCACCACCAGGGGCUUUGCACGACCCAGUACCUGCCAACAAGAUUGUUAUCGCUGGUGACUCUGCCGGUGGCAAUCUGUCCUUAGUUCUGCUUCAGACCCUACUCACUCUUCAACGAUCAUCCCGUUCAAUCAGUUUCCACGGCAAGGAAAUACCCGUCGAGUUGCCCGCAGGCGUGGCUACCAUUUCCCCCGUGGUGCGAUAUAACCCACUCUAUGCCAUCUGCCGAGACGAAGCAGCUGCAUCUGUCCCCUUUGCCCCGGCUCCAUUUCCACCUGAUGCCGUAUGGCCAGUCUCUCCACCUCGAAGCGAUCUGUACGUCAACGCCAAGACCGUACUGCAUCCUCUCGUUUCUCCUCUCGCUGCAUCUUCGGAUCUAUGGGAAAAUGCCCCGCCGGUAUUCAUUUCGACUGGGGAGGAGUGUCUCGCCGAUGAUGGUCUGAUCACUGCUCGCCGUAUGCAUGAGGCGGGUGUAUCUGUUGUCGCGGAGCAGUUUGAAGGCAUGCCUCAUUGUCAUGGAUUCUUGAUGAUGUCUACGCCAGCGGGUAAAAGAUUCUUCGAAGGGUUGUCGGAGUUCUGUCGUGAUGCUGGAGCCGGCCGUGUGGAACCGACUGGCAAACUCACUUAUCUUCCCUUCAAGCUGCAAUCAAUCCGGGAAAUUCCGCUUGGGGAUGUCAGCGAUGUCAGCGAUAAAGAGGUUGAAGCAAGGAUGCAACGAACUGCAGAGUGGCGAUUAGAUGGGGAGAAGGAGAUGCUGAGGCGUGAAGGGGCACGGUUAUAG